AUGGAUUUUAAUAAUAAUGCUAGCUCAAACAUUCCAAUUCUAAAAUGUAAUUUAUAAGGAUUUUAUCAACACUAGAGUUUGAAAACUCCUUUCAAAGAUAUAAAAAUGAAUUGAAUGGAUUAUAAGUUAAAAGUGAAUCAGAUUCAUUUGAGUUAAAAUAAACAAAUUUUGAAUAUCCAGUUUAUCCUUAAAUUUAUUAUCAAAGAACUCCAAUAUAUCCAAUAAUAGGUGUUUCUUAUUACUUAAUUUAGGAGAAAUAAAGAAUGAAUUUAUUGAAUGGAAUAAUUAUUUGAUGAUGCAUAGAAUAUAGAAUAGUUUAGAUAACAUAAUAUAAUAAGAAAUUAGAAUAUAGAAUGAAUUUAAAAAUAAUUAAACAACAUAUGGUUGCAAAAAGAUUUGUUAAAUUGAUUGCAUGUUAAUGGGGAGAUAUUUUAAAUAAAAAUAUUGGGUAAUAAAUAAGUUUUACUAGAGAUAUUUAAAAAUGCAAAUUCAAAGUAUAAAAUUGAUCUGAAAUUCUUGGAAAAUACUAGUUGGUUGAAAGCUAGAUUAUAACAUAGAUACAAAUCUUAAUUUUAUGAUUCCUUUGUAGAAAUGAUUGAUCGAAUAUAAUAAGAGGGAGAGCUAAAAAUGAAUGCUAGAACUUAGGCUAUAGAGUUAGUAAAUAUAAAAGUGUUUGAGAAUUUGGAAAGACAAAUUUAAAGAGUUAUUAAAUCGUAGAAGAAGUUUGAUACAUUUUUGCUUGAGAUAUAAAAAGCCUUAGCAGAGUUUAUUUUCUCGUCUUUAAAUUGA